AUGUCGUACGGAGGAAGAAGGCCGUAUGGCAGUUACCCUAGAAGGCAGAUGCCACCCCUGUCCCCAAUUCUGCGCCCAACUUAUGCCGAGCCAAACGUUCCACAGAGGGAAUCUAGCCGGCCAGUUAUCCUGCAAAGCGUUGCAGACAAAUACGCUGAUGGCGCCACCUAUCGCAGACACCGACCCAAGUCAAUCUCUCCAGUGGAUGAGAGUAUCUAUGACUUUUCUGACUUGGCCCCUAAGCUGCCUCUUAUCCGUCCACCUGCACGUGGCAAAGAAUCCUAUGCUCCAGAAUAUGCUAGGAGGCCAGACCAGAGAAGGCAGGGUCAGCGCUCAAGAACUCUUGGUGGGGCAGUUGGCUUCAGAUCAAGCACUGGCACACGGCGAUACUAA